UUGUCCCACGUGAGCUUGAAUUAGCUAGUGAACUCGUAGAACAGUGAACAAACACGAUGGAUUACUCGUACUUGAACCAAGCGGCGGCCGCCGCGGCCGCCGGCUUCGAGGCGUCCAGCUGCGCUCUCGCCGCCAGCGAGAUGCAAUGCGGCUACGGCGACCUGAGCUCCUGCUCCCAGAUGAGCCAAGCCGCGUACCGAUACACCGCCGCGAGGGCUGCCGGGUAUCCGGGGAACACCGGCGCCGCGAGCACCGGAGCCGCAGCGCCGCUCGGGGCCCACCACACCGGACACUCUCAUGCCCACGCGCACCACGGGGCCCACGCCACUCCGUGCUCCGUGAUGGCCGCCAGGUCGCAGGAGGUGCACCGGCACGCGAUCUUCCCGUCCGCCAUCAAUCUGCAGAGUGGGUUAGGGUACAAAGCGUAUUCCGGGCACGACGGUUUAGCGGAGAAGAGGAAACAGCGUCGAAUACGGACAACGUUCACCUCGGCCCAGCUGAAAGAACUGGAGCGUGCCUUCCAGGAGACUCAUUAUCCAGACAUUUACACCAGGGAAGAAAUCGCUAUGAAGAUCGACUUAACGGAAGCCAGGGUCCAAGUGUGGUUCCAGAACCGGCGCGCCAAGUUCCGGAAGCAGGAGAGGCUAGCGCAGCAGAAGUCGUCGUCUCAGAGCGGAAUGGGUGUAGACAGCGGCGCCUCGAGCCCGGUGGCCAGCAACGUGAAGGCGGAGGGUCGUUCACCGAGAAGUCCGGCGACGCCUCCGGGUGGAUCGAACAGCGUCCUGUCGUCGAACGAGGUGAAACCGAUCGCGAACCCGAACCUGGUGAGCGUGAAGCACACGACGGACGUGUCAGGGGAUGGCAGCUCGCCUAACACCCGGGGAAGCGGCAGCGGGGGCGGUGCUUGGGGCUCCUGUAGCCCCAGGCCCUUCUCCGCGGCGCUACCACCAUACCUGCUGGACCCGUUGCCCCUGAAGACCGCGAAUCUAUACUAAUCGUCCCAAAGGAACUACUCCAUCCUGGCCGAGUCGUGUAAAUAUAGAGAGAGUAUACCGCGCGCUUCGAACCGGAAACGGCGGGCUGUUCAGAGGACUAUUGUUGUUGGCUCCCCGCGAGGUCGAUUCUCCGCGUUUCCACGGAUCGUGGACGUGCUUCCGGAAACGUUCGUGCUUCCAAUCUUUUUCGGAAACUUUUCGACCGGACCCGGCGCAGGACAAUGUUCAUGAGAAAGAGACCCUUGGUGGUUCAAUGGUUAAGGUUAUUUCCAAUUGUGUCUCCCCACGUUACGGAUAUAUAGUGCGCAAGAAGUUUACAAUUUAUAGUAAUACUCGAUGUUCUUAUUUUUAAUAGUUUCAUCGAUUCGGAAUUACACGCGUCAUCGCGUUUCUUUUUUAAAAUAACGUUCACUGUAAAUUCUCUCCAAUUUUGCUUCAGCUUGUGGACAAGAAUGGAACAUUUGGGAAGAGCGGUUCAUUUUUAUAGUUGCCGAUUGCGAAUAAUUAUAAAAACGAGGUGCACGGGUCGAAUAGUCGUGUCUCCUC